GCUGAAGUCCGGCAUAUUUCCACGCAAGUCUUUCACAAGUUGUCACUCGUCAAAUAGGCUGCAAGCUGUUCUAACUUCUAUAGAUUUCCAUUUCUUAUUGCAGAAGGAAAGGAUUUUCGGGGAGAAAAUGCCACGAGGAAGGUCGGCCACAAGUGUUCUCUCCGAUAGCAGCGAUAUGGAUAUUGACGGAAUUGCUGACACGGAGAUGGUCAAACUUCAGAGACAGUUCCGAAUAAUGGAAGGAGACCGACAGGCCUAUACCAUCCAGUCACAGGAGCUCAUACGCAAGCAGCGGCUAGAGAUUGCGCGUUUGCGUAAGGAGCAGGAUGAACUGCAGAAGAGUCUGUGUGCAUCGGAGUGUGCGUCACGGCGUCUGCAGGACAGUGGGGAUACAGUGCAGCUGCGCUCUCUCCUGACACAGAAGGACGAGAUCGAGGAUCAGAUGGACACAGAGAGGCAGAACCAAGCAGAGCUACAGCAAGAGAUCUCUGAGAUGCAGAGGAAACUGGAGGAGGUGAAGCGAGGAGAGGUGAGCGUUGCUCAGAGUGCCAUGGACCAGACUCGCCACACACAGAAGGCCACCCGCACACUGGAGAACAAACUUGACCGGGCCCUAACUCGCUUUAGCGAGCAACUGACCAGGAACAGCCGUCUGAGAGAGGAGCUGGAGACAUUGCGUGUGGAACGUGUGCGCUUCCAGCAGCUUCUUCGCCGUCUGGAGAAGGAGUUACUGGAGAUUCGCAAGGAAAUUGGAGACAUUAUCAGCAUGUCCACUGCUGCUUAUGAUGCCAGGGUGGAGGCCCAGGCGAAGAUGACCAUGCUGAAAGAGAAAGCAGUGAAGGACCUGGCGCAAUACAGUGCUGAGAUGAAGGAGCUGGAGAGGGUCAUUGCACAUGAACGGCGACUCAAGGAGUUCAUGAGCACUAAGUGUAACGAGAGGAGCACCCAAGAUGAGGGCCAGGACAUAGCCAGCAAGCAAGAGAUGAAAGACCAGAGAAGGAUGGAGUCAGGAGAGGACAACGUGGAGACUCUUGAGGAAGUGUUUCACAAGAUCCAGACUGUGACUGGAGAGGAUGAUUUGGACCGGCUGGUGACUAAGUUCAUUCAGGUGGAGGACCAGAACUUUGCCCUCUUCAACUAUGUGAAUGAACAGAACAACCAGGCAGAGACUCUCAGGGAUGAAAUUAAUCAGACCAAAGAGGAGCUGGAGCAGUUCCAUCUGGUAGGGCAGCAGCAGGAACAGGAGCACCAUGCCAUGCUGAGGGGGGUGGAGGAGCAGCAGAGAGUUGCCCAGGCGCAGGCCCAGGAGCACGAGGCUCAGGCCAACGCUGUCAGCAAGAUCCUGGACCAGAUCAAGACGGGAGUGAACAAUUUGUUCCAGAAGAUUGACUGUGACAGUGCCGUCCUCGAGGACCUACUUGGCUCCUCUUCUGGCAUCAGGGACAACAACAUCAUGACAUACCUGGGCCAGGUGGAGCAGAGAGCCAAUGAGCUGCUCACUAUGCAAGCCUAUGUCAACUCUAAGGAUUUGGACCAAGAUUAUGACCCAAAGGAGGUGGCUCAGGUUUUGUUGGGUCAGAACCCAGAACUGCAGAAGCAGAAUAUUUCCAUCCAGCCCCCGGUAACGGGGGAUGAUUACGAUACUGAGGAGUCUACACUCACCGAUGAGGAGGAGCGCCCUCUGACUCAGGAAGAACUUCGUCAGCGCAUCUUGAGAAGGGUGCUACGCAGAGAGAGUGGCCAUCACAGCAGCGGGGGAAGGGAAGUGAAGGCCUCCCGGAUCAGCGCCGUUCCCAGCAGCCGCCUCCGGGUCGUCACAGAGAUCUGAGCAUGCAAGGUGUGUUCAGAUUCGCAAAAAAACAAAGGCCAGCGUUUGUGAAUGUUUGCAAACAGGUUUUUUUUGUGUUUGCUUUGAGUUUGUCACAAACGAUUAUGAACACUCACAAACAGUCUGAGGAUGUAAUUCUCUGCAGCCCUGCAUGGACACUGGACAAAGGGGUUAUCAUUGGAAUUUCACAUUUUUGAAUGUUUACACAAAUACAUGCAAAUUUUCCAGUUCAACGGAAAUGUAUUCGCCUCAAGCGUUUGCCUCAGUUCAAAGCAUUUGAACACACCUCAGGUUUCUAGAAUGGACCUGGCACUGACUAGGAAUUUUCCCUUUUCCUCAAGAUUCACAAAGAACAUUAUGGUCAAGGUCUGCUGUGCUUCACACUGGCAAAAUUCAUAUGAUUUUUGUAAAUUGCCUUGGGAGAAAGGUGUAUGAUAAAUAUUUCAUCAUAGACUUAACUUAAAUUAACUAACUGUAAAUUGUACAGUAAAGAGUUAAUUUACAGUAGCUUCCAUAAUUAUUGGCACCCUUGGUAAAAAUGUGCAAUAGGAGCCAAUCAUUCUCUGGUUCAUUAUCUCAGUCUCACGCCGGUGAUCCACUAGCAUGCGAUGCGAACAACGCGACGCAGUAUCCCUAUUCAUUUCUAUGAGAAGCGAAUUCUGCACCCGCAUAGGUUUCUGGGUAUGCGGUGCGACGAGUGCUGUGGCUGCGGUUCAGUUCAGUUCAGCAAUCCUCAACUUUAUGCAAAUGAAUCCGUCCAUCGCGAGGCGAGUAUCCAAUAGCAGAGCAAUACGCAGGGGAGGUCCAUCAUCACGUAGCCUAAACAAAACCUAAUUUUCCGGUAGUGUGGUUACCGCCAACGUACAGAAACAUGUCAGAUGAGAAAAAAAUAAUCAUAGCAGUGUCUACAUUUCCGUGUUUGUAUGAUGUGUGGCUAGAAUCCUACAGGGACAACUUCAUGAUGAAAUGACCGCCCAACUUGCAAACUAAUUUAUAGAUGUGACUUUCCCUCUGUAAUUUCAAAAUAGUGGAGGGAAACAUUUUGUUUGGUUGUUUACUAGGCUACCUGCUCUUGCCCUGCCGUUUCCACACAUCUACAAAAGGGAAUGCCCAUCAAAGCGUCUUCAUGGAGGGUUGCGUUGCGAUUUGGGGAGUUCGCAUCGCAUGCUAGUGGAUCACAGGCGUCACACUGGAAUGAGAAAAAUCCAUCCUUGAAAUGAGAAAAUACCUUAUCAAGAAAUAAUUGUUUUGAACAAAACCACGUCACAGUUAUUGACAUCCCUACAUUUAACAAGUUGGCUGGUAUUUAGUAAACACUUUUAUCCAAAGCGACACAGACUCGUAACAGCGGGUUCGGGAAUAAAACCCAGGCUGACUGAUUGUCUGUCUGUGCCAUUACCGCUGAUCCACCAUGCUGGUAUAAUACAUUGUACAACCACAAUUCAACAGCAUUUAAUCUUCUGCUACAGUAUUUUAUAAAAUUGGUGAAUGUAUAGCAGGACAUUUCAGAUUAUGAAACUUCCUCUUUAGCUCAUCCCACAGGGAACUGACAUGGCAGAAGUUUGAUUUUGUGUUAAGUAAACUAUAUUUUGUGUUAAUCCAGGAAAUUCAAUUUUGGACCAUUGUCCUGUUGGAAGAUCCAGUGACAUUCAGUUUUAGUUUCUUGGCAGAGGCAGACAGGUUUUAAUUUAAAAUGUCCUGGUAUUUCAUGUAGCUCAUGAUGUGUAGUGUAGUGGCACAAGGUUCCCAGGGUGUUUGGAAGAAAAACAGCCUCACAACAUUGUGAACCCUCCACCAUACUUAACAGUGGGCAUCAGGAUAUGUCACUAUAGACAUCCUUUAAUUUACACCAAAUCCUUCUUGAGUGUUGGCAAAACAAAAUGUUCUGGUCAAAGUCCCCCACACCAGGUGGUAACAUUGGGGGUUAAAAGACAGGAAAAGCUUUUUAAUGACGUGCCUUCCAAAUGAUCUGUUACCAUGGAGGUCACGUCUGAUGAUGUUUUGUAGACUUUAUAUCCCCAAGAUUAACUCUCCUGGAGUGAUCCUUGAGGAUGUUUUGCAUCUCUCACCAUCCUGCUCAUUGGGCAUGGCAAAAUAAACUUGGUUCCGCAUCCAAGCAGGUUUGUUGUUCCAGUUCAUUGGAACAAUUCAAUUAUUGAGUUAAAUGCAUAUAUGGGCAUAAGGUGAGAAGCUGUUUUUUAUAGCAAUUCUCUGAUUUAUGGAGGUCAACACACUUUUCCCUUAUUUGGAUUGUGUGUGUUCUAUUGUCUUUUCCAUGUUAAUGAAAGACUAAGGGCAUUUGGUCCAUUGCCAUGUGUCAUCUAAUAUUUACUCAUGGAUAAAAAUAUAGUUUGAAAGUGUUCAAUUUACCUCAAUUUAAGGUUGGAUUUUUCUCAUUUGUCAGUCUAAGAUAAGAUGAUUUACCAAAGAAUUUCUUAUAACCAUUUUUGAUGGUGAUGGUGGUGACUUUACUAUGGUUUGUCCUGGCUUACAUUGUCCUGCUUUACUUAAAUUUGAAGAGUUUUUUUUCUAUGUUCCUCAAACUGAUCAUGAAUUGCCUAGAUCCAUCACCUUAGUUUUUACUUUUUUCACAAUUAUCUUUGAACUUAAUGUGAUCAAAAAAUGUAGUUGUUGGAAUGAUGAACAUCAGCUGUUGUA